AUGCCGCCUGCCCAAAUGGACGCCCUGGGCGCCUUCUCCUAUCUCUCCGACAACCUCCCCACCUGGAUCUCCCAACUGUCCGAGCUGACGGCCCAUACAUCCGCAAAGCACGCUGAAUUCGCCGACGCCUUCAAGAAACACUCCACCGGGCCUGUGAGGCCGCGCCGCCGCAAGAACAGCUCCGUCUGCUCAAUCCAAACAAACUCCAUCCGCCGGAAAAGAACACACGACGACGACGACGACGCCUCUGCCUCGUCCCCCGACUCCAACUCGGAUACACCCGCUGUCAUCAGCACGCGGCAUAGCCUUAUAAUCCACUACGACGGCUACACACAAAAGACGCUUGAGGAAAUGGUCCGCAAUAUCGGGACGGCGAGGAAUAACCUACGACGGGGUAAAAUGGCUCAGUUGCCGAUGCCUGGUGGUCCUGGUGCUCGUCCGCCCCCGCCUAGGAGUGCCGCCCGUGCUAUGCUCUCGACGCUGGAAGAGCCUGAAGAUUUGUUGGCUAGUAUUCGGUCUUCGCGCGCCCGAGGCCCGCCCCAGCCUCAGCCUCAAGCCCAGCAACCGACGAGGAAGUCACCGUUCGAUGCGGCGGAUAAGAAUCUUGAGCUUGCGCAUAGUUUCUGCGAAACGGCUGCGUACCAGUUCCUGCGGGCGGGUGCGUGUGCGUCAGAAUUGGAUAGCGUGAAGGAACGGUUCACUGCUUUGUUGAAGAUGGUUGCAGAGGAGGUUGAGUUGCUGAAGGAGCAGAAGAAGGAAGAGGAGGAGGCUGCUGUUGAAACUGAAGCUGGAGCUGAAGCUGAAAGCCCGGCUAAAACGAAUGCUACAGAACCAUUAAUGUCGCUGAAGCGACCGGCCUCAAGCGAGGGCGCGAUCGAGGUCGACGACGAACAAGGGUCGGUGGAAUCAAUCGACUUGACGACCUUCCGGGUCGGUCGCACUCGGCGGUAA